AAAUGCAAAUAACCACCAGAAAUACACUUUGUUUUAUGACACCUGGGCCAUCACUCUAAGACGUAGUUUAACUCAUAGUUUCAUCCGCGAUAAACCUCUUUUCUUUUUGAGAGGGGAAUUUUGACAGUCUGUGCCUUGCUCCAGGAGUCAUAUGACCCAGUCAGCAGCACCAAGGAGGCGUUAACUACUGCAAACUCAGCGAGGAGGAGGCAGCCUCCAUAUUCUAGCAGAUGGGUCCAAUGGAAACUCAAUAGGGAACUUCCUAAACCCUGUGGUCCCUCGGAAGUGAGUUAUCUAAAAGUUGUUUUGCGGAACCGAACCUACUCAGGUUACUUUGCAUGGGGUUUCUGCGGUGAAAACUGAAAACCGUUACCUAUAUUGCAGCUGCAGGGCAUUUUUGAAUAGUCCUCGGGGGGUUUUCAUGUUUGCCCCGUGAAUGGAAAACUAUUUUUCAGGUAGAUUUGCGCUUCUGCAUGUUGCAUCAGUUCCCUGUAACUAAAUAUAAGCGACGCCAAAACGCAAAGCGAAGUUUGGCACACUUUACGCGCUUUAUGUGCGCAUCACCAAGCGGAGCGCAAGGAAAUUCUCUCUUUUUUUUUCAAGCUACACUGCAAAAAAAGUAACCACAUCGGUUUCUUUUUCCAUUUCCAUUUGUUGAAAAACAAAGGUUCUUGAAUCAACCCGUGUUUUAUUAAGUGUCGUGACCUCGUCUUCGUGGCUCAAACUUCCUCCUUUUCGGUGAAAAACUGGAUUAAAAAACUCUUUUCAAAUAUCUUCGUCAUUAUUUCUUGCAGCGUCUGCAGCGAAACCACGUCAUUCUCUUAGUCAACUCCCCCCAUUUUCCUCCCCGCUGGACCACCAUCCACAGUUUAGGCGCAACUGGAUAAAGACUUUUGGAUCAGAAGCGCAAACAUGAUGACCGGAUUUCGGCUGAACUUGUCGCCCCUGAAGGAGCCCCUGGGCUUCGUCAAACUGGUGGAGUGGCUCACGGCCAUAUUUGCCUUCGGAUGCUGCGGUGGAUUCUCUGGGAAGAACCUCAUAUCAAUCUUCUGCGGCAAUGACAGGAACGAAACUCUCAACGCCAACUUUCACUACCCAUUCAGGUUGAGCCAGGUCGCACUCGUGGAUGGAAACACGACCCUCUGCAACCAGUCUGUCUCGACGACACACAUGGUGGGAGACUCGGCCUCCUCCGCCGAGUUCUUCGUAGGCAUCGGCAUCGUCUGCUUCCUCUACAGCAUGGCGGCUCUGCUGGUUUACUUAGGCUACAUGCACGUCUACAAGGACUCUGACUUUGGACCCAUUUUUGACUUUGUCAUUACAGCAAUCCUGGUCUUCCUGUGGCUGGUGUGUUCGUCCGCCUGGGCGAAGGGGCUGCAGAACGUGAAGGAUGCCACGGGCACCGACGGCAUCAGUGGCACGUUGGCGCUCUGCAAGGGCACCAACAUCACCUGCGAGGUCACGGAGUUUGCCAACAUGCGCACCCUCAACAUAUCUGUGGUUUUUGGUUACCUCAACAUGUUUGUGUGGGCGGGCAAUGCCUGGUUUGUGUACAAGGAGACCCGCUGGCACUCCCAGAAAUUCUCAUCCCAACCUGGACCCGGAAGGCAGCAGGUCCCUGCACCGAUCUAACAUAAACGAUGCCAUACGAAAAAGACGCCACAGAAAAAAGAAAAAAAAAAGUCAUAGGCAAAAAUUCACACUCUUCUCACACACGCACACACAUUCAAUAUGCAUACAUGUAAAAAAGUGUGCACGAAGACAUGUUUAUACACACAAAAAUGGUCUCAGAAUAAGUUGAAAAUGCACAAAUUUGGACCUUAUCAAUACUGUUGUGUAGCUACAGUGGUAUGCAAAGUGGAUUUUUUAACCAAAUAUUUAAUAUUUGAUUUGUUGAUCUUGCACACUCACAGCAAACUGGUUGUUAAAGAAAUGUUCGUUUCCCCAAAUAUUUCCUCUACAUCCCUGCAGCGGUAGGACAAUUGGGGAAAGAUACUAUACUAUAGCAACACCAAUGCAAUUAGUAUGUCAAGUACUUUUGAAUGUUUCUUAUGGUUUAGCUAGCAGAUAAAUGCAAACCAUGACCAAAUGUGUCGACCAAAUGUUUAGGAAGCUUGUGUUUAGAUUGAGAGGUUUUCUCACUAGACUGUUUUCACUUUUGUGUGAAGCGAUUUUAUAAAAAAAUGAACUUUUGUUACAUUAAUGCCCUAAUCAGUACCAGGUAAAGCUCUCUGUAUUUCGCUAUAUACCAGAGAUUUAAAGCUGGCAGAGACAGCUGAGACUACAGUAGCUAGGAGUUUAAUGGAUCCCACAGUGAGGGGGAAAAAGUUACUAAUGUAACCACGGUCCUAUGAUUUCAGUAGACUCUGGUGGUAAAGAAGAAUUAAAUGGAAUCUGGGAAGCGUCCAAAAAGUCUUUAAUUGCAUGCAGAUGAAUGUCAGGUACUUUGAACCCAUCUCUUUCUCUGUAACAUCAAGCUGAGCAUUUGGAAGUAGAUUUACAUUUACAUAAGCGUCUGCCGGUAGGAAGGUGUGCUCAAGGUUUUCAGGGUAAAAUAGAUGGUAAUACUAUUUACUGUGAGGCAUAAUGCCAUAAUACUAUAUAAUAAGGCUUCUUAAAGGAUGGAAAAAUCCAUAUUCAGCCCCAUGUGUUGUCUAAUGAUUACAACAUGUUUUGAAUUAGGAUGUUUGUUACUGAGCGGAAAAUGUUCAGUAGCAGACUCUAAACUCUGUUCUAACAUCUCAGGUAGUUGGUAGGACAGUAAACAGAAGCUCCAAACCACAUUAGAAGAUGUGUUCCCAGAUUGUGAGUUGAUUAAAGUAUUAUUUAGUUACUUUGUUAUUAUUCUGACUUAGAAAUAAGAAGUUGAGUCAUAAAUUUGAGAUACCUAUUGUUUCAAAUCCAUUUAAUGUAUAGUAAAUUUGAUGAAAAUAGACAAAAAGUGUUAUUUGUUUUGCACGUUUGUUAUUUGAAGAAUCAAGCUGUUCACUCCGAUAUUAUUUAUUUCAUUUAAAUUUAUUGGCUAGUUACGGCGUUCACCCUUUAGUGGCCCCUAGUGGCCGAUGGCAGGAAUUGCAGUACCUUUACGAAGCUGAACUCCAAUUAUGUAUGUGAUGUCCUCGCUUCAUAUGAGGUGCCUUUAUUAAACCUUUCUUCAAAUAUCUAUGCACACGAACUCUUUAAUUUUUUUUUGCUUAUAAACUAAACUUGUGCAAAGUGGCCUCCAGCUCAUUUUGGAAGGAGUGUAGCUCGUACCAUUAGUGUGUGAUGCUUUUGUGCACAGUGCAUUCAUGUGGUGCUUCAUAGGAAUUUAAUGCAAGUCUUUUAAAGCACUGUGAGUCCAUGAACUUCAGAGAUGGGUACUUUAUUAGUCUGGGACAUAUUUCUGUCUGUGCGAAUGCAGCCUUUUUUUCUUUUUUUUUUUUUUUUUUUGAGGUACCAGCUGUAAAAGAUGAAUCCUUCCAUGUCCUUCUGUUGUAAUAGCAAUCUUUACCGUGUAUUUGUCAUUUUUCAGCAUUCAUUUUGAAAAAAAAAAACUAAAUUCUGCCAAAGCACUAUUUUCUUUUUUCCAUGUUUCCAUGUUGUUCUCCAUUUUUUAAUCUGUGUUUUAAGAACCGUGUCAUAUUUUUAUAUUGUUUUUCAUUUUCAUUUACAUUGUGUAGAUGGUUAGUCUUUGAUUUUGUUUUAAUGUAGUAACAAUGUACGUAGUAGGAUUAUGUAAAUUCCCUUUAACUUUAUCCCAAAGACAAAUGGAACCGGAAGUGUGCGUGGUAUACUGGCUAUGCCUCCACACUCCUGUGAUCAUCCUCUGAUCGGCUAUCAGCUCUGUUUAUGAUUUCAUUGGACCUGCCAAAUUGUCUUAAUGAAGAGAGGUUUGCUCUGUGUGAUAUUUUCAAUAAAAAGUAAUGAUUUUUUUUUUUCCAUUGA